AUUAAUAAGAGAACUACAUAUAUUUAUUUUCAAAUAUUCAAAUAUUGUUUAAAUUCUCUCAAAAACCCAAGAGAGAUGGAGUUAAACAUGUGCAAAAUUAAAGUGGGAGACAGGAGUCUCCAAGCAAAUCUAGCAAUGUAUAAUGAGGAAAAUGGUGAUCUAGGAAUGAAGAAAAGGGAAAGCAAGUCUAAUGCAGGCCCGUCCAAGCAAGUGGAAGCUACGUUUGGAACAAAAUCGUAUGCUGACGCAGCAAGAACGGAGGGGGACAAUCAGCCGGUAGAGGAAGGAGGAUGCACACCGGCGGGAAAUUUUGAAUCACCAGUGGAGGAAGCCAAAAAGGCAAAAGUGAUAGAUGGGAUAGAUGGGGAAGUUGAGUCAGAUGGAGAAGCAAAGACAACUGGCAGCUGCCAUACUAGGAAGGAGUAUUCUAGCUCUAACAGCUACAUAGAGGAGAAGAAACAAUCCAGAAUCUCGGUGGGAGCAAAGGAGCAAAAAGCAAACAGAAACACAAAAGAAAGUGAACGGGAUAACGAGGAGAGAAACGAAGAAGCUAGAGUUGAUGCGAUUAAGUUUUGGGAAAGGCUAGCAAGUGAGGAAGAGUUAGCACAGCUGAGAAAAAAAGGAAAACAACAGAGAAAGUCGAGGAAGAGCAAAGGAGAUCGAAAAAAGAAAGAAGAAAGAAAGAAGAAACAAGUAGUGGUAGGGGGCAUGGAAGUGGGUACGGGCAUGGAAGUGGGUACAGAAAAAUCCAAAGAAGGAGAUGAUCAAACGGAGAACUCAACCAAAGUUUCACAAAAAGGGAUCUCCAUUUCAGUGAGUGACAUCAACAAUUGUAAUAGGAGGUUUAUGUUGAGAUCGUGGGAAGAAGAAGCAAGUGAACUAUGGGCAGUGGGAAAAAAAUUGGGUUUGGUUAGAAGGGGAGGAAGGGGGAAGAAAAGAGAAAUAAGGGAGAUGGUAGCAAAGGAGAAAUUUGAUGUGGUGUUCAUUCAAGAAACCAAGAUGGACUCAAUUGACGUUAGGACGAGCAGAGCAAUCUGGGGAGUAGGGGAUGUUGACUGGGCGAUGAAACCGGCAAUAGGUAAUUCAGGGGGUUUAAUGUGCUUCUGGAACCAAAAUAGUCUCAAAGCCUGCAACAAGUUUGAAGGACACGGAUUUUGUGGGGUUGAAGGGGAUUUUAAUGCUAUAAGAAGUGUAGAAGAGAAACAGGGGAAAUAUAUUGAUCUAGGCAGUAUGGAUGAUUUUAAUGAUUUUAUUUCAAGCAAUGAGCUGGUAGAUUUACCAAUGAGAGGCAGGAAGUAUACAUGGUAUAGGAGUGAUGGCCAGGCUACGAGCAGACUAGACAGAUUUCUGGUCUCCAAAAAUCUCUUGCAAAGCUUCCAAAAUGUGGUUCAAUGGGGAUUGAGUCGAUCCUUGUCAGAUCAUUGCCCAAUAAUGCUGCAAUCAAAAGUUGAGGACUGGGGUCCGAAGCCUUUUAGAUCUAUAGAUAGUUGGCUGACACAUCCGGAGUUUGAACAGUUUGUGAAGGAAAGAUGGAACAGCUUUGAAGUUAGCGGAUGGGCAAGGGAGGCAAUUAAACUGAUUGAUGAGAAGAAUGACAUGGGGCAAAUUAGUGAAAUGGAAAAGAAUGAAAGGGCAUCCAGUUUUAGACAUUUGCAAGAAUGGGUGGACAAGAAAAGUAAUCUAUUGUUCCAAAAAGCAAGACUGAGAUGGUUAAAGGAAGGGGAUGCAAAUAGCAAAUACUUCCACUCUUGCGUGGCACGACGAAAGAUCCAGAAUAGCUUGAGUGGGAUAGUCCAGAAUGGCAGUUGGAUUGAUGAGGUUCAAGAGGUGAAAACAACAGUGAAAGAUUUUUUCAGAGAAAAGUUCAAAGAAGAUAGUUGGAACAGACCAGUACUGGAAGGUAUAAGUUUUAACAUGAUUAGUGAGGAAGAGAAUGCCAUGUUGGUUGCAGAAUUUGGUGAGGAGGAGAUAAAAGAGGCAGUGUGGAAUUGUGGAGGUAGCAAAAGUCCCGGCCCUGAUGGUUUCAAUUUCAACUUCAUUAAAGGGAUGUGGAGUAUAUUGAAAGAGGAUAUUUGUGAGUUUAUAAGAGAAUUCCAUAGGAAUGGGAAACUUGUCAAAGGAAGUAAUGCAUCGUUCAUAGUGCUAGUUCCAAAAAAGUCAAACCCGCAAGGUAUGAACGACUUCCGCCCUAUCUCUCUGAUUGGUUGCAUGUAUAAAAUCAUCUCAAAGCUAUUGGCAAAUAGAUUGAGGAGGGUGAUGCCUAGUAUUAUUAAUGAAAGCCAAUCAGCAUUUGUAGGGAAUAGGCAGAUAACUGAUGGCAUUAUCAUAAUAAAUGAGGUGUUGCAUGAUAUGAAGAGGAGCAAUAAGGCGGGACUAAUUUUCAAAGCUGAUUUUGAAAAGGCAUAUGAUAAUGUGGAUUGGGGCUUCUUAGAGUUUAUGAUGGAUAAGUUGGGAUUUAAUGUGAAAUUGAGGAAUUGGAUGAAAGAAUGUGUAUCAACAGCAACAGUGUUUGUGCUUAUAAAUGGUAGCCCAACAGAAGAGUUCCAUGUUGGAAGAGGACUUAGGCAAGGCGACCCUCUGUCACCUUUUUUGUUUUUGAUGGUAGCAAAAGCUCUAAGUGGCCUAAUGAGAAAAGCUGAGGAGAUCGGAAUGUUGAAAGGAAUUCAGGUUGGCAAAGGUGAGCUCCGUAUCUCACACUUACAGUUUGCGGAUAACACCAUUCUAACAUGUGAGGCAACUGAGGAGAGUGCAUAGGCAAUGAAAUGUGUAAUGCGAUGUUUUGAGCUGAUUUCUGGCCUUAAGGUGAAUUUCGAUAAGAGCUGGCUUUGCGGAAUGAACGUAGAUGAUGAUU